CUUUUGAUGUCCAAGGCGGGCGAUUCGACCGUGGUUGUAGGCAGCGCGCCUUCUUAGUGGUUCGCAUGCGCCGCGUUGCCACCAGCGACGGGGACGACUCCGCGUCGGACGAGGCAGUGGCUGAAGAAGUGCAGGCGUCGCGAGUGCAGUACCUGCCCGAGUCCAGCUCGCACCAGGUGUGCUACACGGUGCAGUGCGGUGGGGUGUACGAGGUGGUGGUGGCGCUGCCAUGGACCAACGCCUUCUUGCUGCGCGAGAGUGUCAACCCCAAACUCGCCUCCGGCUUCUUCAGGUCCAAGGUCGUGGCUCAACGCAACAUCACCGUUGCUGCCGCCACCGCCCUCCAUGCCUUGGAGAACGGGACGAAUUCGACCCAAAUGAGCAAGGAGCAGAGCCUGCCGCGGUGCACAUUCAGUCUGCUGCGCGAGUCACGGCAUGUGGGCUUCUGGCGGGGAGACACGUGGUACCCCGCGGCCUGCCGCCUGCCUGCCCCCAUCACGCCCGCACGCAUUGGGCGCUGCCUGCACGGCAAGAGCGUCCUCAUUCUAGGGGACUCGGAGAUGCGGUACCUGUUUGGCCACCUGCAGAUGUUCCUGCACUACCGCACGCGCUGCCGCUACCUCAGGCGCUACCGCCGCCAGCCCAGGGAGGUGCACCGGGUGCGCGUGAGGAACGUGGUGUUCAAGGAGGGCCCGCCACUGGACCCCAGCAGUGGCAUGGCCUUUGCUGUCAACUACAGCACCUACUGCGGCCACACCACCUACUGGGGUAACUUCUGGAGCGGCUUCGCCCUGCAGCAGGUGAUCGUGCAUCCAGUGCGGCGCCGCGGCCGUGCGUUCACCUUCAACCUCACCUAUGCCACGCACCUGGACUCAGAUGCCCCUGUCUUUGACGACUGGCGCUCCGCCCGCAACCUCACAGGCGGCCCCAUCGUCACUCACUUUGCUCCAUUUGACGUAGUGGCAGCGUCCUUUGGCCUGCAUGACAUCACACACAAGAGCAAUGCAUCGGAGAUGGCACAGGCGUUCAAGUCGGUGUUUCUGCCUUCACUCCAGUCAGUGGUUCGUGAUCCGGGCGGGGUCACCUUCUUUGGUAUCUGGGCAGCGCAAGAGAAGAAGAAGCCGCAGAGAUAUCUCCAUAAGAGCAACAACGUCAGAGGGUUCACGUUCGAUGACCAUGUAGCCAGGGUGUCUGAUGAGACAAAGUUUGGGCAUUUCAUCGACCUUCAAGCGUUAACCCUUCCUAGAGGUGACAGAGCAGCAGCCGUGGGUGAGCUAAACCAUCAAGUGGCAAAGGAAGCCGAGACCGGCAUGUUGUGCACGGCUCUCAUGGUGCUGCUUGCAACGUCCAGCAGCUGA